GCAGUGUUUGUUUCGUCCAUUGAUUGGUUGCUUAGCUUUGAAAUGUUGGAGAGAUUUGUCGGCGUUUUUCUCCCUAUUUCUCACUCCCAUUGAAAAGCAUAGCAAUCGAGCAGUGAAUGCGUUGAAUGACUGCAAAACUCACAACUCAUUGAGUGUUUGCAGCGAAAAGUCUGGCAUUCAUUGAACGAAACGAUACAUCGAUUGGAGUGUUGAGAGAGUGAAGAGUGAGAAGUGUUGAGAAGUGUUGUACUGUUUGUGUCACUCAUUAUUGUCACACAUCUUAUAAGAGAGAGACGUCGAGACGUUUGGAUCCCACGACCACUACUACUACUGACCGACCCUUUGCUGUGACCACCGCUCGCGAAGACAGACAUCGGCGACAAUGGCAGCGAUACUGCCCAUCAGAUUCCAAGAACACCUACAGCUGACGGCCAUCGGUAUCAAUGCGGCGAAUAUAAGCUUCAAUACACUGACGAUGGAAAGCGAUAAAUACAUUUGUGUCCGCGAAAAGGUGGGCGAAUCGGCACAAGUGGUGAUCAUCGAUAUGGCCAACAGUCAGACACCGAUCCGGCGGCCAAUUAGCGCCGACUCGGCUAUUAUGAACCCACAGACCAAAGUGAUCGCUCUUAAAGCUAUGCGAACGCUUCAGAUAUUCAACAUUGAGAUGAAGUCUAAGAUGAAGGCACACACACUGAACGAAGACGUGGUCUUCUGGAAGUGGAUUAACGUGAAUACCAUAUCACUGGUGACCGAAACGGCGGUCUUUCACUGGUCUAUGGAAGGCGACACUUUGCCCGUCAAGAUGUUUGACAGACACACGUCUCUGAAUGGCUGCCAAAUCAUUAAUUACCGAAACGAUCAAUCAUUGAAAUGGCUUCUGUUGAUCGGCAUCUCCGCACAGCAAAACCGAGUGGUGGGAGCGAUGCAGUUGUAUUCAGUGGAGCGCAAAGUGAGUCAACCGAUUGAAGGACACGCGGCGGCGUUCACUCAAUUCAAAUGCGAAGGCAAUGCCGAACAGUCGACUCUAUUCUGUUUCGCCGCCCGAACUCAGGCCGGAGGGAAGCUCCAUGUGAUCGAAGUGGGAACGCCUCCCACCGGUAAUCAGCCCUACACUAAGAAAGCGGUGGACGUGUUCUUCCCGCCCGAAGCGCAGAACGAUUUUCCCGUCGCUAUGCAAAUGUCACCCAAAUAUGAUAUCGUAUAUCUGAUCACAAAAUACGGUUAUAUCCAUCUCUACGACGUGGAGACCGGGACCUGUAUUUACAUGAAUAGGAUCAGCGCCGACACUAUCUUUGUGACCGCGCCCUACGACCUGACGAGUGGUAUAAUUGGCGUCAACCGAAAAGGACAGGUGCUGUCGGUUAGUGUGGAGGAGGAGAACCUAAUCCCUUACAUCACGAAUACGCUUCAGAACCCGGAUCUGGCCUUCAGAAUCGCUGCGCGCAAUAACCUGACCGGUGCUGACGAUCUGUUUGUUCGCAAGUUUAAUACACUGUUUACGAACGGCACGUACGCCGAAGCGGCCAAAGUGGCGGCCAAUGCGCCCAAAGGCAUAUUAAGGACACCCCAAACAAUACAGCGUUUCCAACAGGUGCCCACACAAGCGGGUCAGACAUCACCACUGCUGCAGUACUUCGGCAUUCUCUUAGAUCAGGGACAGCUCAAUAAGUACGAGUCGCUCGAACUCUGUCGACCAGUCCUUCAACAGAAUCGCAAACAAUUGCUCGAGAAAUGGCUUAAAGACGAUAAGUUGGAGUGCAGUGAAGAGUUGGGCGAUUUGGUGAAAUCGGUGGACCCAACGCUGGCCCUAUCGGUGUAUCUUCGGGCCAAUGUGCCCAACAAAGUGAUCCAAUGUUUCGCCGAAACGGGUCAGUUCCAGAAGAUUGUGCUCUACGCCAAGAAAGUGGGCUAUUCUGCCGAUUACGUGAGUCUCCUGAGGCAAGUGAUGCGUACGAACCCAGACCAGGGCGCCGGCUUCGCGCAGAUGCUCGUCGCCGAUGAGGAGCCCUUGGCUGAGAUCAACCAAAUUGUCGACGUCUUCAUGGAGUCCAAUCUGGUUCAGCCGUGCACUGCGUUCCUGUUGGACGCCCUCAAGAAUAACCGUCAGACCGAAGGCCCCCUUCAGACCCGACUGCUUGAGAUGAAUUUGAUGACUGCGCCGCAAGUGGCCGACGCCAUACUCGGCAACCAGAUGUUCACGCACUACGAUAGGGCACAUGUGGCCCAGUUGUGCGAAAAGGCCGGUCUAUUGCAACGAGCGCUCGAACACUACACCGAUUUGUAUGACAUAAAGCGAGCCAUAGUUCACACACACCUAUUGAAUCCCGAAUGGCUGGUCAACUACUUCGGCUCACUAUCAGUCGACGACUCGAUCGAGUGUCUGAAGCAAAUGCUGACCAAUAAUAUCAGACAAAAUCUUCAGAUUUGCGUACAGGUGGCCACCAAAUAUCACGAACAACUGUCCACAACCUCUCUCAUCGAUCUGUUCGAGUCGUUCAAGUCAUAUGAGGGUCUCUUCUAUUUCCUCGGAUCCAUUGUUAACUUCAGUCAAGACCCGGACGUCCACUUCAAGUACAUUCAGGCCGCGUGUAAAACGGGUCAAAUCAAAGAAGUUGAACGCAUUUGUCGCGAGAGUAACUGUUAUAACGCCGAACGCGUGAAGAACUUCUUGAAAGAGGCGAAACUGACGGAUCAGUUGCCGCUAAUCAUUGUUUGCGAUCGUUUCGAUUUCGUUCACGACUUAGUAUUAUAUCUCUACAGAAAUAAUUUGCAAAAAUAUAUUGAGAUUUAUGUGCAAAAAGUGAAUCCAUCACGUCUUCCGGUUGUCAUCGGCGGACUCUUGGAUGUGGACUGCGCUGAGGACGUGAUCAAACAGCUAAUAAUGGUAGUGAGGGGUCAGUUCUCUACCGAUGAAUUGGUCGAAGAGGUCGAGAAACGGAACCGUUUGAAACUGUUGUUGCCGUGGCUGGAGAUGCGCAUCCAUGAGGGCAUCAACGAGUCGGCCACUCAUAACGCUUUGGCAAAGAUCUACAUCGACUCCAACAACAAUCCCGAGAGGUUUCUCAAAGAGAACCAGUUUUACGACAGCAAAGUUGUGGGCAAAUACUGCGAGAAACGUGACCCCCAUCUCGCGUGUCAGGCCUACGAGCGCGGGCAGUGCGACCUCGAGCUCAUCAAAGUGUGCAAUGAAAACUCGCUCUUCAAGAGUGAGGCCCGAUAUCUGGUGCGGCGAAGAGAUCCCGACCUUUGGGUAGAAGUUCUUCAGGAGACUAAUCCAUUCCGACGACAACUCAUUGAUCAGGUCGUCCAAACAGCACUUUCCGAAACACAAGAUCCCGAAGACAUUUCAGUGACAGUGAAGGCAUUCAUGACCGCAGAUCUUCCCAACGAAUUGAUCGAACUCUUGGAGAAGAUAGUGUUGGAUAGUUCCGUGUUUUCUGAUCACCGAAACCUCCAGAACCUAUUGAUUUUGACGGCCAUCAAAGCCGACAGGACUCGAGUGAUGGAAUACAUCAACCGAUUGGACAAUUACGACGCGCCGGACAUCGCAAACAUCGCCAUCGGCUCUGAGCUCUACGAGGAGGCGUUCGCCAUAUUUAAGAAGUUUGAAGUGAACACAUCUGCCAUUCAAGUGCUUAUAGAGCACAUCAAAAACCUGGACAGAGCCUAUGAGUUCGCCGAGCGAUGCAACGAACCCGCCGUUUGGAGCCAAUUAGCGAAGGCUCAACUCAGCGACAAUCUCGUCAAAGAGUCGAUCGAUUCGUUCAUUAAAGCGGGUGAUCCGUCGGCGUAUAUGGAUGUCGUCGCCACUUCUCAUAAGACCAACAGUUGGGAGGAUUUGGUUCGCUAUCUCCAGAUGGCCCGCAAGAAGGCGCGCGAGGCCUACAUCGAGUCGGAGCUGAUCUAUGCGUACGCGAAGACUAAUCGUUAUGCGGAUCUCGAAGAGUUUAUAUCGAAUCCAAAUCACGCCGACAUCUCUAAGAUCGGCGACCGGUGUUUCGAGAACGGUCUCUACGAACCGGCGAGGAUUCUGUACAACAAUGUGGCCAAUUAUGGUCGACUGGCCAUCACUUUAGUGCAUCUGAAGGAGUUUCAGGGAGCGGUGGACUCGGCCCGUAAGGCCAACUCGACCCGCACCUGGAAAGAGGUGUGCUUCGCGUGCGUCGACAACGAGGAGUUCCGAUUGGCGCAGAUGUGCGGCCUUCACAUAGUGGUGCACGCGGACGAACUCGAGGACCUGAUCAACUACUAUCAGGGACGCGGCUAUUUCGAGGAACUCAUCAGCCUAUUGGAGGCGGCGUUGGGUCUGGAGAGGGCACACAUGGGAAUGUUCACAGAGUUGGCGAUCCUAUACUCGAAGUACAAGCCGUCGAAAAUGCGCGAACACUUGGAACUGUUCUGGAGUCGCGUCAAUAUUCCCAAAGUGUUACGCGCGGCCGAAAGCGCGCACCUCUGGGCCGAACUGGUCUUCCUGUACGACAAGUACGAAGAGUUCGAUAACGCGAUCAUAACAAUGAUGAACCACCCGACCGAAGCCUGGCGUGAGGGCCACUUCAAGGACAUGAUCACCAAAGUGGCCAACGUUGAGCUCUACUACCGGGCCAUUCAGUUCUAUUUGGACCACAAACCCAUGCUUCUCAACGACCUGUUGUUGGUGUUGGCGCCGCGCAUGGAUCACACCCGAGCUGUCAAUUUCUUUGCGAAAACCAAUCACUUGCCGCUCGUUAAGGCAUACCUGCGUUCAGUGCAGAGUCUGAACAACAAAGCCAUUAACGAAGCCCUCAAUGAUCUACUGAUCGAAGAGGAGGACUACCAGGGAUUGCGGACAUCGAUCGACGCGUUCGACAACUUCGAUACCAUAGCGUUGGCCCAAAGGCUGGAGAAACACGAGUUGAUUGAAUUUCGACGAAUCGCCGCUUAUCUCUACAAAGGGAACAACCGAUGGAAACAGUCUGUGGAGCUCUGCAAGAAGGACGGCCUCUACAAGGAUUGCAUGGAAUACGCGGCCGAAUCAAAACAGGCAGAUGUGGCCGAAGACCUGCUCCUCUGGUUCCUCGAGAAGAAGAACUUCACGUGCUUUUCGGCGGUUCUGUUCCAGUGCUAUGAUCUGAUCCACGCGGAUGUGGUGCUGGAGCUGUCGUGGAGGCACGACAUCAUGCAGUACGCGAUGCCUUACUUCAUACAAAUCACCAGAGAAUACAUCACGAAAGUCGAUGAACUCAAAGAAGUGGUCGAAACCAAACUCGAAGAGUCGAGUUCUGAACAGAAGUCACUCGUUUACUCGGCCGAACCUCAACUCAUGUUGACAGCACCGGUCGGUAUGGUUGGUGCGGCCCCAGUGGGCGGCUUUGUGGGCGCACCCGGUGUUGGGCCAUUGGGACCGGUGGCCGGACAACAGUUCUAUCAGGGCUAUGGAAUGUAACCGAAAUCAUAAUUUAAUCAUUAUUAAUUUAAAUGAUAUAUGGAUUAAAAACUAUUAUAACUAUUAUUAAUUGAAAAAACAUUUUUUGUAUUUAUUGUUUUAAAGUUUUUAAGAUUUACGCCUCUUUUCUGAUCGCAUUCCCUGUUUAUUAUGACUUUUGUGGACUAUAUAUGUGACCGAUUUUACCAUAAUUUAUAUAUCAAUUAAUAUAACAUUAGAAUUAGUAUUUUGUUAUCGAAAAAGCAAUUUAGUGGACAUAAAUACCAUCAUGAAAAGCCCUAACUAUUAUGUAUUGACAAAACCUUAUUUUAACGUUAAAUAAAAUCUACAAAACAUUGCUAUUAAUCAA